UUCUUGAUUGUUAACGUUAGCUAACGUGCCGCGAGUGAGCUAAGUUAUUAUAAUAAAGGCUUGUGUGUGGUUAGAUUGCGUUAACUGGCAGAAGGGCACAUGCCAUUCAAUCAGGACGGUGUGGUGAAAUCAGCUGAACUGGUAAUGUUACUGGCUUCAUCCCUGCGCCAGUUAAUUAGGUUAAGUAACGACUAGUUUGAGCCAUGGCAGCAUUAUCAGAGGAGGUGCUGCUGGUGGUGAAGAAGGUUCGCCAGAAGAAGCAGGAUGGCACACUUUAUCUGAUGGCUGAACGGAUAGCCUGGGGUCCAGAGGGUAAAGACCGCUUCACAGUCAGCCACUUGUAUGCAGAUACUCGCUGUCAGAAGAUCAGUCCAGAUGGUAAAUCCAAAAUUCAGCUGCAGCUGGUGCUUCACACUGGCGAGAGUACCACAUUCCACUUUUCCAAUGAUAGCAGUGCACUCAAAGACAGAGAUGCUGCCAAGGAGCUGCUGCAGCAGCUGCUGCCCAAGUUCAAGAAGAAAGCCAACAAGGAACUGGAGGAGAAAAACAGGAUGCUUCAAGAAGAUCCAGUGCUUUUCCAGUUGUAUAAAGAUCUGGUCGUGAGCCAGGUGAUCAGUGCAGAUGAAUUCUGGGCAAACCGGUUAGGAGACACAAACCAUGCAGACCCCUCUUCAUCCAACAACAAACAGGAAGUCGGUAUAUCUGGAGCCUUUCUGGCAGACAUUAGACCUCAGACAGAUGGCUGCAAUGGCUUGAGAUAUAAUCUGACUGCUGACAUAAUUGAAUCCAUCUUCAGAACAUACCCUACAGUGAAAGAGAAGUAUUGUGAAAAUGUGCCCCAUAACCUGACGGAGAAGGAGUUCUGGACCCGCUUUUUCCAGUCCCAUUAUUUUCACAGAGACCGCAUCAACACAGGAACACAGGAUAUCUUCUCAGAGUGUGCCAAGCAGGAUGAAAAGGGGUUAAAGUCUAUGGUGGUUCAAGGAGUGAAGAAUCCUUUGGUCGACCUCCUGAUGUUGGAGGAUAAAACAUUAGACGAGGGUUAUGGAAUUUAUGCAACAUUGCCCUCAACUUCCAAUUCGAACCGGUCGGUGAAGGAGAGCAGCAACUCUGCCAUCAUAAAGCGGUUCAACCAUCACAGUGCCAUGGUGCUGGCAGCCGGUGCAGGGAAGAGGGAGACACCAGCUGACCAAGCCAGUGAGACGAGCAGUACAGAUGGAAACUCGAGGGAUUCUGACUUCUUCCAGCCUGCUGUGAAGAAGGUUAAAUUAAAAGAAGCCAUAGAAUAUGAAGAUCUGCAAAGGGAAAACAGACCAAAAACAGUCGCGUUAAACCUCAAGAAGUUGGACAGGUAUGCUCAUGGUCCAGUGCCACUUCAGUCCCAACAGUAUACGACAAGCCAGGAUAUCAUCAACUCUGUCAACUACAUCCAACAUGAGAUGGUCAAUUACAAACCCAACCUCACUCAGGUGUUGUCCAGCACAACAGCUAGUUCUGCCAUCGCAGCGCUUUCUUCAGGUGGCGUCCUCAUGCAGGCAGCAACACAGCAGGCCAUUAACCAGAUGAUACCUUCUGAGGUUCAAGGAGAGUUGAAGCAUCUUUAUGCAGCUGCUGGAGAGUUGUUGAGACACUUCUGGUCCUGUUUUCCUGUAAACACACCAUUUAUGGAGGAGAAGGUGACGAAAAUGAAGUCAAACCUCGAGAGAUUCCAGAUGACCAAGCUGUGUCCUUUUCAGGAGAAGAUUCAGCGUCAGUACUUGAGUACAAAUCUCACAGGGCAUUUGGAGCAGAUGUUGCAGACCGCCUACAGCAAGUUCCACAUCUGGCAAACCCGUCGCAUGUUGAGGAAAACCUGAGGCCUGAUGUUUUGUCGAAGAGAGGACAAGGAAGAGAUUACAGUACACGGACACGUGACCUGAGAGGGUCUCUAGACUGCUGUGUAGGGACCACAGCCGGAUGGGACACACAGGUUUAAUGAGGAUCUAGAAUGGACGCUGCUACAUCCCAAACUGUUCAACCGAGACUAACUGCAUCUCGGUCACAAUUAUCUAUCAUUUGAUUCUUUCUCUUUUUGUUUUCUCAAUAGUUGAGAGAUGUGUGUCUACAAUGGUUAAAUGGGACUUUUUAAAAUGUGAUGUGACCAAAUGGAAAAUACGAAAUGGCCCUCAGGACAACAGGCUGAUGAGUGCCAACAUGCGUUUCAUCAGUGUGUGAGCAGAGGAAGAGACUUUGGUGUACGAGGAGCCCCUCUGAGCCCGGGGUCGGUCAAAAGGUGAAAUGAAUAAAGCAAUACUGUAAAAACAUUUGGCACCGAGUGCAUUAGUGUAUGUGUGUGUGGCUCAAAUCACACCGUUACUGGUUUGUAAUGUCUGCACCUUUUUAUUUGCACUGAAGACACAAAUGUCACUGCAUUAAAGUGACCUUUUGUUCACGCCCCUUUCUUUUGGAACUUCAGUAUUUCAUUAAAUCCAUACAUUCACUUGUA